AUGUGUGUCACCUUUCUGACUAUUGGAUAUGGAGAUGUUUAUCCUAUAACUGUUUGUGGAAGACUUAUGGCUAUUUUGACUGGGGUUAUCGGUGUUUGUGUAGCCAGUAUGAUUGUUGCCGUUAUUUCACAAAAGAUUUCCUUAAGUCACGCUGAGGAGCGUGUACACAAUUUUAUGGCUAGGACUAAACAUGCUAGAAGUGAUAAAGUAAUUCAACACCAAAGACGUUUAAGUGCCGCUAUAUGCACUUUGAGAAGGCUAAGGAAAGAACAGCGUGUAUUACAAGAGGAAAAUGGUGUAUCUCUGGAUGAUGUAGCUAAAAUAAGCCAAAAUGCAACAGAAAUGGUUAGAGGAGUUGGACAAUCCCAACAACGAUUAACUGAACGAGUAAAUGCUAUGGAACUUCGUUUGGAACAGAUACAUAAGGGAAUUGAUGUAUUAACUGAAUUAAUUAUUAAAAGGAACGAAACAGCAAGUAAUGAAACAAAAAUAGAAAAUAAAAUAGAAAACGUGUAA